GUUAAUCUUCAGAUUUAUAAAUUGAAAAAGAAGCUUUUGUGUGAAAAAGUAUUCGCGUCUAUUGACUCCAAUGCAAAUUCCCCAAUUUUGUCGCGGGAUUGCAAACAAAAAGAGCAUUUGCAUCAGCAAUUUGUAGGGUACAGUGGUGACAUGCAGACCAUGAUUGAUUUUAUGACAGAAACAAAUCGUAAAGUACGAUUGGUCAUUAUUGAUUUUGCCGGUCUCUCUACCGACAUGGAUGAUUUGCGACAUUUUGUCAAAACCAACAAACGCAUUCUUGAAGUCACAGUGGAUGAGGGCCACAAAGUAAGUGUAUUUACACGACACGAACUUCUACACAGCGAUGAAAUAAUUCGCAAAUUCAACUGUCGCCAGGGCCACGUAAAGAGAUCCAAAUAG